AAACACAGAAGCAGGAAACAGGAAUCACGUGAGUGUAGAGAAAGAGGAAAGUGAAGUGUAGUUGAGCUGUAAAAUGGCAGAAGCCAGAAUUUCAGUGAAUCAGAAUGAGUUCAUGUGUUCAGUGUGUCUGGAUCUCCUGAAGGAUCCAGUGGCCAUUCCCUGUGGACACAGUUACUGUAAGAUCUGUAUUACAGGCUUCUGGGAUCAGGAGGAUCAGAAGAGAGUCUACAGCUGUCCUCAGUGCAGACAGACCUUCAGUCCAAGACCUGCUUUAGCUAAAAACACCAUUCUGGCUGAAAUGGUGGAGAAACUGAAGAAGAUUAAACUUCCUGCUGACUGUUACGCUGGAGCUGGAGAUGUGCAGUGUGACGUCUGUACCGGAAGAAAACACAAAGCCGUCAAGUCCUGUCUGGUGUGUCUGAACUCUUACUGUCAGAAUCACUUUGAACAACAUGAGAGUUGGUUUAAAGGAAAGAGACACAAUCUGACUGAAGCCACUGGACGACUGCAGGAGAUGAUCUGCCCGAAACAUGACAAGAUCCUUGAGGUUUUCUGCUGCACUGAUCAGGAGUGUAUAUGUCUGCUGUGUACGAUGGAUGAACAUAAAAACCACGACACUGUAUCAGCUGCAGCACAGAGGACAGAGAAACAGCACCAGCUGAAGGAGACGCAGAGGUCGUUUCAGGAGAAGAUCCAGCAGAGAGAGAAAGAUCUUCAGCAGCUGAGAGAGGCUGUGGAGUCUCAUAAGCGCUCUGCACAGACAGCAGUGGAGGACAGUGAGAGGAUCUUCACUGAGCUCAUCCGCUCCAUUGAGAGAAGCCGCUCUGAGGCCACACAGCGGAUCAGAGAUCAGGAAAAGACUGCAGUGAGUCGAGCUGAAGGACGACUGGAGCGAUUGGAGCAGGAGAUCAAUGAUCUGAGGAGGAGAGACGCUGAGCUGGAGCAGCUUUCACACACACAGGAUCACAUCCAUUUCCUGCAGAGUUUCCAGUCUCUCUCAGCUCCUCCUAAAUCUACAGAUGUAAAUGACGAUCCCUUCAGUUCUCUCUCCUCUUUUGAUGUUGUGAGAGAAUCUGUCCUUCAGCUGAGAGACAAACUGGAGGAUUUCUGCAAAGAGGAGCUGAAGAAGAUCUCUGACAGAGUCACUUUCACCAACAUUGUUCCCAGAACCAGGAACGACUUCCUACAGUAUUCCCAUCAGCUCAAUCUGGAUCUGAACACAGUGAAUAAACUCCUCCAUCUGUCUGAGAGGAACAGAGUGAUUACCUACGCUGACACAGUCCAGCCGUAUCCUGAUCAUCCAGACAGAUUUGAUUGUGUGCAUCAGGUGUUGUGUAGAGAGAGUGUGUGUGGACGCUGUUACUGCGAGAUUGAGUGGAGUGGGAGAUAUGUGUAUAUAUCAGUGUCAUAUAAGAGCAUCAGCAGGAAGGGAGGGGUAGAGUGUUUGUUUGGAGGUAAUGAUCAGUCCUGGAGUUUGAACUGCUCUUCCUCCAGUUACUCAUUCUAUCACAAUGACAUAGAGACUAAACUCCCUGUAAAGUCCAUCAUCAGCAGUAGAAUAGGAGUGUAUGUGGAUCACAGUGCAGGAACUCUGUCCUUCUACAGCGUCUCUGGAGACACAAUGAAACUCAUCCACACAGUCCAGACCACAUUCACUCAACCGCUCUAUCCUGGGUUUGGUGUUUAUAAAUCAUCAGUGAAACUGUGUUGAUGAAUCAGAAUAGACUGUAGAGAGAUUCUACCCAUAAUGCUUUGAGCUCAUGAUGAAUCAGUAACAGUGAGAUGUUAUAGAGUCUCUUAUUUUCUCUUCAUUACAUUAAUACUACAGCUGAACUUCUGUCAGUGAAAUAACAGGUCAGAAUAAAUGUAACGCUUUAGAUUACAGCCUGUAAAGUACUGUGUAAGUAAAAUGAAUUUACAACCUAAUUUCAGUAAUUAUCGUGGACCUACAAAGUAUGUACGUGUAGGUAUAAGGGAACAAUAUGUAAAGUUUGGGGAAUAAAGGGGUAACAACCGGGAAAAUUAACACAUUAUUUAUACUGUAAGUAUUUUAGAAUAAGUAUUUUAGGGGUACAUAUUCAUUACUAUGCUAGGCAACAAUCUUGUGUUUGGGAGAAAUUUAGCGAGAACAUACACUGUGUAGCUUUUUGUAAUAAUAGUGUACACAUAAAGACUUUUUUAAAAUUAUGUUGUACAUAUCAGUGCAUUUAUACAGUAAUUCUUUUUUUAUAGCAAAAGUGCAGCUGUUUCAGUUUGGGCUUCAGUUCAGGGCAAGUGAAACUAAAACCAUUGCAAGUUUUGAAUACUGGGAAAAUACCCUGAAACUACAUGAAACAAGAGUAUAAGUACAAUAAAAAUACACAAUCUGA